UGUCACCCAAAGUUGCUGAAUAGUAAAGCAUCAUAUCUGAGUCGCCGUCUCCGCGAUGGAUUUCCACGAUACAACAGCGCCGUUCUGGCUACAUUCAACCCCAUUCCGCAGCGAUUGCUUUCUGCUGGAUCUGACUCGUGCUCCAGACAGACGACAGGGAAAAUGAGAGAGUAAGUAACAUUGGGGAACCGUUGGGUCUCAGGUCGUGCUUUGACCUGGCAACUCAAAGAUCGUAAUCGUGACGUCCGAAAUGUGUCACGCCAGUCUUCCAGCCUAGGUCAUCACUGGCGACAAUUGCCCCAGUUGCUCAUACUAAUCUUACGACUGGCAACAAACGAGCUUCAUUUUCAGCAUCCUCAGACCACUGAGGAAGACCUUGAAGAUGACGGCUAAUCGAAGCAUUCUCCACUUCACCGAGGCCAUGAGCUUGGUCUACGGGAACUUCGAACAUCUUUCGGAAGAGGCCGCCGCAAGGUGGAUCGCUCCGGACAAGCCCGGUGCCGGGGGCCAUCGGGGCCGGUACCUCUGGACGGAUGCCUUUGGCGUUGUCAACUUCAUCACCCUGUCCAAGGAGACUUCCUCGCCCAUCUACCUGACCCUCGCCAAGCAGCUGGUCGAAACUGUCCACAAUGUCCUCGGCUAUACCCGCGAUGGCACCACGCGCCUGCCCCGAGCUACGGACGACGAACCCCUCGUCGGCGGGUUGCGAAUCGGCAAGCUCGCGUCGCACGGCGCGGAUGGCGAUGGCCAGUACCACCACUAUCUCACACUCUGGAUGUUUGCCCUAAACCGGCUGGCCGUGGCGACGGGCGAGAGAGAGUACAACCAGCUCGCGGUGCAGCUCGCCAAGGCCGUCCACCCGCACUUUGUCGUCCGCAGGGAUGGAGAAGCCGUCCGCAUGGCGUGGAAGAUCUCCACCGACAUGGAAACGGUGCUCGUCCCUUCCGAGGGCCACCUUGACGCGGCGACGGGGUUUGUCGUCUACCGCCUGCUGCAGCGCACGGUAGACGAUAUGCGCGGUCCGCCGGGUCUGCUGAGGAGGGAGAUUGCCGACUACCAGCAGCUGAUGAGCCGAGGCGGGAGGUUGCAGGCCAGCCGGGACCCGCUGGACUUGGGCAUGGGAUUGUGGAUGUGCCACUUCUUCAAGAACGAGGACUGGGCGAGGGCGCUGGGGAGCCAGAGCAUCGAGAUGGCGAGAACCAUGUUGGAUAAGAAGACAGGGCUGAUGACGAGGGAUGCAUCGAGGAGGCUGGCAUUUCGAGAGUUUGGGGCCUGCCUGGGGCUGCAGUGCUACGGGGCCGACGAGGAGACCAGGAGGGGCGUGGAGGCGGUGGUGAAUUUCUGGCAUCGAUACCUCGAGGAGUCGACAGAUGAGGACCUGCGUCCCAUUUCGUUGGUCAUGUAUGCUGCGGCGCUGAUCCCUGGAGGUAAGUUCUCCGUGAUGUGUCUGCGAACAGUAGGUGCUUGCAGCUAACCCGUGUUUCAUCCAGCCUGGCGGGA